AUGCAACUGGUGAACACCGAUAAGGAGCGCGAACAGGCGGCAAAGCGUCGCGCGGAAUGUAUCCAUAAGGCAGCACGCCCACCCGUUAUAGCGGAUAACUUCGGGGCACUGAAAGAGGCUGUAAAACGUACUCAUGCGGGAAUGGGGAUGGAAGACGCAGGUAAAUCUGUCUGGCGGAACUAUCCGAAGCAGCCAAACAACAACCAGUGA